AGCAGCACAGACUUCCAGAUUUCAUUAGGAAAAACUGCUUUCAAAUUUGAUUGAUAUGGCAAAUAACGCCAUAAAUCCAACACAGCGAGCUGUGGAACACCUUUGGGAUGUAUGGCGGCAGGAAAAGCACGGCAGUGUUGGUGGGGAGAGUAUGUUUACCCAAAUUGAAAAAUAUGCAGCUGACAAUCCAGGUACCAUAAUCGAAAUUCUGAGAGAAGGAGACAACUUCAUUAUUGUUUUAGUAACAGAGUUUAUGCUCAGAGUUCACAAAAACAUGAGAGAGGCUUGUGAAGUGGUGUUUGUUGACACAACAAGCCAUGUCGACCAGUUGAAUACUGCUGUGACUCCACUUCUCUGUGGGGGCCCUAGUGGGGCUCUUCCCUUUGGUGUAAUCUUCACAUCUUCCCAAGCUGAACAGAGUUAUACCAAAGGUUUUCAACUGCUCUAGAAGGUCUUAGACAAAAGUGCUUUUUAUUAUCAAAACUAUCCAAACUGCUUCAUAACUGACAACAGCGAGGCAGAGCGGAAUGCACUUCGAACAGUCUGGCCGGACUCUCAGCUUUUCCUUUGUGUGUUCCAUGUCCUCCAGCAGGUCUGGAGGUGGCUUUGCAAUGGGUCACACAACAUCAAAAAGGAACAACGUCCACAACUUAUGCAAGUAGCAAGGGCCCUUUUAUAUGCUGACUCAGCUGAGGUAUUAGAAAAAACAUGGGACACCUUUUGUCAGAGCUCUGAAGCUCAACAGUACCCCCAGUAUAGCAGAGAGCAUCAAAUGAAAGAUAUUCGACUUGUUACAUCACCUGAUCAUCCGUGGAUUCAUGCAGAAGGCUACUUGGCAAACCUCAUGGAAAGAAAGCAGGAUUGGAGUCUGCUGUUUCGAGCUGGAAACAUCAUGCGUGGCCAUCAUACAAACAACUAUGCAGAGUCCAACAUGUGUCUCAUCAAGGAUGUUAUCUUGAACAGGUGCAAAGCAUACAAUACAUGCCAGCUCAUCAUGUUCAUGAAUGAGAUCUACGAUGGCUACAUGAAGCAACGCCUUCUUGAUGUGGCCUUAUGCCGAAGAAAAAUUAAAAAAUCAAUGAUCGCCACCAUCCCCCCAGAACAUGUUACCAGGAUUGAUGAAUUUCGAUUCAUUGUAGUGAGUGACACUAAAAAGGAUGUACAUUAUAAUGUAUAUCUUGCCAUUGGCAUGUGUGAUUGUGUGAGUGGCAAUACUGGCAGUGUCUGCAAGCACCAAAUUGCUUGUGGUGAGACUGCUGUUAUGAAUCUACCUCAAGUGUUGGAUAAUACACCAGAAAUUCGACACUGGUUAGCAGGAGUGGCUAAGGGAACAGAAGAAUUGCCACCAGUUGCAUUUUUUUCAGCUGGAAUUAAAAUAUCCCAAGAAGUACAUGAUGAUUCCAGUAGCAUAUUUGCUACUCCUUCCAUAAAGGUGGAAGCUGUGUCGCUACCUCCUCUAGAAAAUGAGGUGGCCAGUGAGGCUAUGGAUCCACUUGCCAACUCGGUUAAAGAUGAACCACCACCUAGUGACCUUUUUGCAGAAGCAGUAGAACUUUUUUCUGACACACUGCAUACACUGGGAGACAACACUUCUUGCAAUAGUGUAAAGCUUUUCAUGAAGAAAUUGAAGCUACUAAAAUCGACUAAUAAUCUAAAUAGCUUUUUACAUUCUUCUGGAACAUCAUUAAAAUUGUCUGGAGCUGGCAGGGGUAAAAUACCUUGUCAACCAACAUUAGUUGCUAGACGCCCAGUUGGCAUGCCAAGAGGAGCUGCCCCAAUUGGGAAGGGCAGAAAAAGAAAGUUUGACUUGCUCUUAAAAGCAGCUAAACGAAAGAGAAACCUGGCACUCAAUGUUUUGCUGAACCAGCGGGAAACUAGCAAUGCAAACCAAAGAAGAUCCCGGAAAAAAAGGAGCCAGCUUGUAAAGUAUAAAUAA